AUGACUGCAGCAGCAGGUGUACUUACAGGCCUGGCCAAACUAAAGCGGCAGGAUUCCGCUCGUUCUCAGCACCGGUCGAUACCGCCUUCAUCACCAGGCCUGGGAAUCCCUACACCUGAGGCUGCUCCGAGAAAGCGGAAGCGGCGAAGCGACGUUGUGGUGGUGCGUGGCAGACUUCGCCUCUACUCUGCCUCCGGGUUUUUCCUCUUCCUGGGACUGAUGAUCUUGGUAGUAGGCAUAGGUAUGGCAACGCUGGGCUACUGGCCACACGGUAAAACCAAAUCCACCGGAGGAGGAAUCAGGGCCAAGCCAGAGAAGGAUUUGGCCGACACAAGCCAUGAUGUCCAAGGUGCACCUUCCAGGCAGACUGAGGGAGCCUUGAUGCGGUUCCUUGAACAACAUCUUCACUCUGAGAGAAUGAAGAUGCUUGGGCCCUUCACCAUGGGGAUUGGGAUUUUUAUUUUCAUCUGUGCCAAUGCAAUACUUCAUGAAAACAGAGACAGAGAAACUAAGAUUAUCCAUAUGAGAGACAUGUACUCCACAGUCAUUGACAUACAUCGGCUCAGGCAGAAAGAAGAACGAGAACACCAUCACCGCAGCAGCACCUGUGCACGAGAAGUUUUUGGAGUUGAUGUCGCUGCACGAUUAGCCAGCAACUCCCUCCUAGGGUUUUCUUCUCGGGCUGGAAGUGGAGGAGGAGGAUCCUUGGAAGAGGAAGAAGGGCUGCUGGGUGAUGAGGAUUUUCAGAGACGUAGAGAACAGGCCAAGAUGGAUUGCAGCUUUGCGGGGCUGUUGGCUCCGCUCUAUAGGGAUCGUCCAUUUUAUGGACCUGGGCUUGGGUUGGCUCAUUCAGAUUCAAUGCGCCACCAGUGGUCAGUGGAUGGAGAAGAGGAGAAAGGAGGACAUCAUGCAGGCUCCAUUGUCUCCUCCUCCAUCUCCGCAUUUACUCUGCCUGUUAUAAAACUCAAUAACUGUGUGAUUGACGAACCAGAGAUGGAGGCAAUUACCGAAGAGGACAGAGGAGACAGAUUAGAUGGAGAGAGGUCAAAGCCUCUGUGCUCCAUGGAGUCUCUGGUGGUGCCAGCUGCUUCUGUUGCAAAGGCCUCCAAACCGCCAGGUUUACAGAGGAGCAACUCUGCCUCCUCUUACUCCCGCUGCUCCUCCUUCUCCUCCUCCUCCACCCUCUCCCCGGCUCCCUCCUCUACCUCAGGCUGCUGGCUUUCCCCAGGUGCAGCCAGGAGUGACUUUGGCUCCAAUUCCUCCCUGCACAUGCUCAACAGCCAUUCCAAAUCUCUGGACUUAGAGCGCGGACCAAGUAUGCUUAGCGUUCGGACGGAGCAGCGGAAGCACCCCAGCUGGCCUCGGCUGGACCGCAGCAACAGCAGCCGGAGUCACGGUGGACACCGGGGCAGCAGCAAAGGCUACGUCCGCCUGGAUGACAGGGAUGACCAGGGAGAGCGUCUCCUGGAUGUGUCAUCAUGUGCCGCGGCGAGGCGUGACUACAGCAAGCGUGAGAAGCUGAUAAUGAUAUCCAGGUCGCAUAAUAAUUUGAGCUUUGAACACGAUGAGUUCAACAGCAGCGCACUGAAGAGAGGCAGCUCUGAGACUCGAUUCUAG